GUUGCUCCGAAAAUAAUCGAGCAAGUCGAGGCUGCAGACGAUGACGAGCUAAAGGAGGCUUUGCUGCAGUCGUUGGAAACCUUUUUAUAUCGAUGCCCUAGGGAAAUGGCUGCAUAUCAGGACAAAGUGCUUAAGAUUGUUACUACCGACCUUACGUAUGACCCAAAUUACUCAUAUUCGGAUGACGAAGAGGAGCAGUCUAUGGAAAUUGGUGAUGGCGACACUGAUGAAGACGAUGCGGAAGACUAUUCUGAUGAUGACGACAUGAGCUGGAAAGUGCGCCGUGCAUCAGCGAAAACAAUAGAAGCUAUGAUUGUUUCGCGACGGGAUCAGCUUUCCAAUUCCGUCCAAACGUUGGGUCCAUUGUUGAUCUCACGUUUACGAGAAAGGGAAGAAAAUGUGAGGAUUGACAUCUACAACGCCUACAUUGCAAUCCUUUCUCAGGCUCGUCUCGUCGUUCCUAACGCUCUUGCUGCUGUUUACAAAGAUGAAGGUGAGGAACCAAUCAAAAUUGGUACCACACUUUUUUCCCCGUCAGCUUUGUCUGAGCAGCUUAGCCAACAGUUAUUGCAGCAUUGCCGGACCCAAUCAGAGCCUUUGUUGAAGGCUGUAAUGAAGCAGCUAAGAACUUUGCCGGGAUCGUUGGCUUCGUACCUUCCAAGUCUGCUGCCUGGUUUAUCGAAUGCUGUACUUGAUCGCAAUAGCGGAGCUCCCAUGAAAAUCGAUGCUCUCUCUCUACUUGCUCGGGUCAUUAAGUGUCAUGAUCACAGUGUAUCAGCUGAGGGGCUUAGUGUAGCAUCACAUCUCGUUCCAGAAGUCAAGGAGCGCGCUAUCUACGCAGCAGGUCUCUUCAUUGCCACUUUUGCCGAUGAUAUGCCUUCAAUGGUUCCUACCACACUUGAACUUAUGGUGGAGCGUCUUCGUAACGAGAUGACUCGCUUGUACGCCGUUCGUGCGCUCAUAAUGAUAGCUGAAAGUCGCGAUCCGCUCGUAGAUAUCUCGCCAAUCGUACCGUUCCUUUUACCGACGUUUACUGAUUUCCUCAAGAAGAAUUCUCGUGCUCUCAGAAUAGGUACUUUACAUCUGAUUGAAGCAUUGCUUUUGAGAGAUGACAUUCCGGUGUUGGAUACGGAGGACUUGACGCUAAUCUUCGCAGAGUUGCCACCACUUAUCCGGGAAUCAGACUUGCAGAUUUCUCAGCUUUGUUUGAAGUGUAUUACCGUUGGCUUACAAGCAUAUCCGGACAGAGUUGCACCCCAGCUGGCCUCAAUUCUUUCUUCUGUUAUUCAUCUUUCACAGUCGGCGUUGUUGCAGGGAGCCACUUUGCAAGCAUCUCUUGAUAUGAUUCAAGUACUAGUUUCCAAUCCUGUGCCUGGAAAGCCAGAAUUCGAGGAAUUGCUUGACCAGCUUACGGCACCCGUCUAUGAUGUUCCAAAUUUAUCCAGACAAGCUUUCCAAUCUAUCUCCGCCGCCACCGGUGUCGUUGCCGCAGCAAGCGGAGAUAUUGAGAAGGCACGAUCGCUAGCGGAAAGUUUUAGGCGGAUAACUAUCGAACGAUUCUACAGAUUGCCAUACGUUUUGUUCAGUGUUCAUGUCCUCUGGAACUUGGUCGCCCCCUCGCUGUCGAAACCUGAGAAGCUGAUCAUCCCAACUUUCAACUCUAGCUCAGAAGAUUUGAAAGCAGCUGCUGCUCAAGCCCUAGGCGCUCUUGCAGUUGGCGGUAUCGAUUGGCGACUUGCCUACUUCAUUUGA